CACUAGUUUCUUUCAAGCAAGCAAAACCAACGGAACUUUAAUUGCGGUGUGCGGCGAACGAGAAGAGAAACCGAAAAGCAGCCAAUUUAUUGUUGUGCUUCGAUCCUGUUAAUUCAUCAGUUUUCGAUUCUCCGAUCGCGCCUACAACUAUUUUUUUUGUUUAGUUUAGUGCAUCAAGUGCGAGAUUACACAGCAAAGCAACAACAAACGAAGCGACUGACCAAAGCGGACGCGCAAAAUACAACAAAAAGGAAGGAAGAAAACGAACGACACAGAGAGUGAGCGAUCCCGCCAUCAUGAGCAAGAAGCCGACAGCCGGACCGGCGCUCCACAAGGUCAUUAUGGUGGGCAGUGGCGGCGUGGGAAAGUCCGCCCUCACACUGCAGUUCAUGUACGAUGAGUUCGUCGAGGACUACGAGCCCACCAAGGCCGAUAGCUAUAGGAAAAAGGUUGUGCUGGAUGGCGAGGAAGUACAAAUAGAUAUAUUGGAUACGGCUGGCCAGGAGGAUUAUGCCGCCAUCAGAGACAACUACUUUCGCAGCGGCGAGGGUUUCCUCUGCGUCUUCUCCAUUACAGACGACGAAAGCUUCCAGGCAACCCAGGAAUUCAGAGAACAGAUCUUGCGGGUGAAGAAUGACGAGAGCAUACCGUUCCUGCUGGUGGGCAACAAGUGCGAUCUGAAUGAUAAGCGCAAGGUGCCGCUGAGCGAGUGCCAGCUGAGGGCGCAGCAGUGGGCGGUGCCCUAUGUGGAGACCUCGGCUAAAACCCGCGAAAAUGUGGACAAGGUAUUUUUUGAUUUGAUGCGCGAAAUAAGAUCACGAAAAACCGAAGAUUCGAAAGCCACGAGCGGGCGUGCUAAAGAUAGAUGCAAGAAGCGGAGACUUAAGUGUACCCUACUUUAGGCAUUAGGUGUUUUAUGAUCUAAUCAGGGAUAUUUCAUCGCGUAAAAAACAACGUCAGACGGACGUGAAACAGCCGCCGAAGCCCAACUCUCAUUGCUGCCAACUGCUGUAGGAUGAAGAACAAGAAGCGACAACAACCAUACGAUGAACAAGAAACAACUGCAGCAGCAACAACUUGGAACACAACAACGGCCACACGUAUAACACCAACACAGGAUCGAAGAUGGAUAGCAGAACGAUAUGUUAAUACAAGUUAAUUAACUUAGAGAACACCAGAACACACACAAACAGCUACAAAUAUCAAAAUUAUUUGCCACACUCACACUCCGAACUCAAACACGUAAUCCAAGUUAACUUGCAUUGUAAUAUACAUAAAUAUAUGAUUUAGGCAACCAAUUUUCCCGAAAACAUCAAGAGAGAAGCACACAGACAGGCAGCUUACAAAUUCUGUCGUUUAUUUUUAGUUAUUUCUUUUGAAUCAUCGAUGUUUGUGUUGCCCCCGUACAAUAAAAUGUUAAAACUAAAACCUAAA